AUGCCUCCAACAAUUCCCCAAGAAAACAUUGAAAAUGCUCUAAGGCAUAUCGUACCACACAUAAAACAACAUGUCCAGUCUCAAAAGAGUGAUUCGCGAAAGAAUCCAUUUUUCCUGGGCUUGACUGGCCUCCAAGGCAGUGGGAAGUCUACCUGGACCGACGCCCUGGUACAGUCCCUCACAGAAGUACAUGGCUACAAGACCGUCAAUAUCUCACUCGACGAUCUAUAUCAUGACCAUGAUGAGCUUGUGCGAAUUCGGACAGAAAAUCCAUCCAACAAACUCCUACAGACGCGUGGUCAGCCUGGCACGCAUGAUACCAAGCUCUCGGUCGCAUUUUUCGCCGAUAUGGCUGACAUGAAGACCGACACUUUGAUCCCAUCAUUCGAUAAGAGUCUAUUCAACGGAGAAGGCGGAAGAGCGCCUGAGGAGAAGUGGCAUCGAAUCCCUGCUGGUACCACAAUCGACGUGGUUGUUUUCGAGGGAUGGUGCGUCGGAUUUUCACCCCUUGAUGAGGCGGAUGUUCAGCGGCGAUGGAGCGAAACGGCACAGAAUGGAGAAGAUUCAGUGAAAUACCCUACUGAAACUUUGAAGGAACAUUCAAUUGAGCAUUUACUACGUGUGAAUGACAAUCUGCGUCAAUACUGCGACCUAUUCAUGGGACCGCGUCAUUUCGACUUUCUCGUUCAUCUGGACACCGACGAUCUGGUAAAUGUUUAUGAAUGGCGGGUACAGCAAGAGCAUGCACUUCGUGCGAGGACGAAUAGUGGCAUGACGGAUGAAGAAGUUGUGAAUUUCGUCAAAGGGUAUAUGUCUGCUUAUGAGCUGUAUUUGGAUCAACUGCGAAGGGGGUUCUUCCAACUUGAUGAGUCUUGCAGCGAUAGGGGACAACUCCGAGUGGUUUUGGAUAAACAGAGGAAAGUCAUUGAGAUGUUAAGUCUUUCUUGA